AUGGAAAACGACGAAGGCCGCGUCGUGGAUCUUUACGUUCCGCGCAAAUGCUCCGCCACCUCCAGGCUGAUCCCGGCGAAGGAGCACGGGGCGGUUCAGAUCAACGUGGGAAUGGUUGACGAGGCCGGGCGGUACACCGGCGAGUACACCACAGUGGCGAUCAGCGGGGCGGUGCGGCAGCGGGGAGAGAGCGACGCAUGCAUGAACCGUUUGAUGUUUGAGAAGAAGAUUUUGAGCUUUUCGAAGUAA